ACUGCCAUGGAGGACUGAUGGAGAGCAGAGUCAUUUCUACACAUAGGGAGCGGCCGGUGAACCGCCCCCCCGAGCUGCUGUACCCGCAGGCAGAUGUGGCGGAGCGUCUGGCGCUCGGCGGCAGCGAGGAGGCGCUCGGUAACGGCACAAAGGCCGACCUGCAGGCAGCCAAGCGCCUCGCCAAACGCCUCUACAGCCUCGACGGCUUCAGGAAGUCAGACGUGGCUCGCCACCUCGGCAAGAAUAACGACUUCAGUCAGAUGGUGGCAGAGGAAUAUCUCAGUAACUUCAACUUCACCGGUCUGACCAUCGAUCAGUCGCUCAGGAUGUUUUUGAGUCAGUUUGCUCUGAUUGGAGAAACUCAGGAGAGAGAGAGAGUCCUUGCUCAGUUCUCCAGGAGAUACAGACAGUGUAACCCAGAGAGCGUCGCUACCGAAGACAGCGUCCACACUCUGACCUGUGCCGUCAUGUUGCUGAACUCCGACCUUCAUGGAAACAACGUGGGGAAGAGGAUGUCCAGCAGUCAGUUCAUCACCAAUCUCGAAGGUCUCAACGAUGGAAAAAAUUUCCCCAAAGAGCUGCUGAAGACUCUCUACAGCUCCAUCAAGAACGAGAAGCUUCAGUGGACCAUUGACGAGGAGGAUUUGAGGCAGUCUCUGUCGGAGCUGACGGAGGUCCGAACAGACUCCGCCUCCCACACCAUGCGGCGGCUGGGCGGGGGGGGGGGAAACCCGCUGAUGGGCGUUGCCCAGCAGGCCGACGGCGAGCUCUACAAGAGCGGCUUCCUGGUCCGCAAAGUCCACGCCGACCCCGACGGGAAGAGAACUCCGCGGGGGAAGAGAGGAUGGAAGUCCUUCUACGCCACGCUGAAGGGUCUGGUGCUCUACCUGCAGAAGGAUGAGUUCCGUGCGGAGCGAGAGCUGUCGGAGGACGACGUGAAGAACGCCGUCUCCGUCCAUCACUCUCUGGCCAUGAGAGCCGCCGACUACAGCAAGAGACCCAACGUCUUCUACCUGAGGACAGCUGACUGGAGGGUCUUCCUACUGCAGGCCCCGACGCCAGAACAGAUGCAGUCGUGGAUCACGCGUAUCAACGUGGUGGCGGCCAUGUUCUCGGCUCCUCCGUUCCCCGCCGCCAUCGGCUCCCAGAAGAGAUUCACCCGCCCACUGCUGCCGGGGUCCAACACCAAACUGACCCAGGAAGAGCAGGUGAAGUCUCACGAGAACCGGUUCCGGGCGGUUUCCUCGGAGCUGGCCGAGCUCUCGGCCGCCACGCCGGACCGGAAGGUCAAAGGUCGCGAGCUGGAGGAGCAGAAACUGCGGCAGGAGUACCUGGAGUUUGAGAAAACGCGGUACGGGACGUACGCCAUGCUGCUCCGGGCCAAACUGGCGAGCGGCGACGAGGACCUGACAGCGUUCGAGUCGCGGCUGUUUGACGACGGUGGUCUGCAGCGGGCGCACUCCAGCCCCACGCUGCCUCAGGAUGCCGCGGCCGGCAAGGAGAAGAUGCGCGGCACCAAGACGUCCAAGAGCCUGAAGGUCCCCUCGUCCUCGUCCUCCAGGCCGGGCGCCGCGGAGGGAAACAGGAAGAAGAACGGCGGGAACAACCGGCAGGCGGAGCCGCAGAAACAGGAAGCGGCGCCUUAAGGGUUUUGUUUUUUUUUACGAACGAGUGUAGCGGGAGACGGACAUGAAGCAUCAUGGGUAGUGGGCGGAAAUCCACCUUUUAAAGCUUUUCUGUUUCAACAUCAGUCGCAUUCUGAUUGGCUGACAGAGCCGGGCGGAGGCGUUCGAGGGCGGUGGGAAAAGGAGACGUUGGUCAGGAAGUUACAGACGGACGGACGGACGAGUUCUUGUGUUCGUCGCUCGUCCAGACAUGAGCUUCAGCAGCCUCGCUGUUUCUCCGUUAACGGCUCCAUCUCUAUUUAUUUUGGCUCUCUGGAAGCUUUUUUCGUUGUUUGAGUUCAGACACAGACACUUAUGGAGGUACUAUAUAUAUAUGUGUGUGCUUAUGUUUUUUUUUUAUUUUUUAUUUUAUUUUUCUCUCCCAGAGGGACAGAAAACCUAACCUGCUUCUCCUAGCAACAAACGAGAGGGGAGCAGGUUGCCGUGGCGACUGAGAUACGACGGUAUGACAGAGAGCGUGGGACUUGUUGCCAUGGCAAAAGAGGAGAGGAAGGAAGGAGGAGACUCUGGAGUCAGGACUCCCUCGGCCAAGAAAACACACAAACAAACACCUUACUCUGUGUGUGUGUGUGUGUGUGUGUGUGUGUCUGUCUGUCUCUGUAUGUGUGCGUCUGUCUGUGUGUGUGUGUGU